GAAGGUUUUACAAACAACCAGUACCAGGAGUUGGUGGACCCAGCAUCCCUCAAGUAUGUUUCCCGUUCCGAGAAUAGCAUCUUUUUUGAAGUAGACGGGCCCUACCUAGCUAUGAUUCUUCCGGCCUCCAAGGAGGAAGGCAAGAAGCUGAAGAAAAGAUACGCUGUCUUCAAUGAAGAUGGUUCCUUGGCUGAGCUGAAGGGCUUCGAGGUGAAGCGACGAGGAGAGCUGCAGCUGGUGAAGAUCUUCCAGUCGUCCGUCUUCGAGGCCUUCCUGAAAGGCACGAGCCUGGAGGAGGUCUACGCUUCGGUCGCCAAAGUAGCCGAUUACUGGCUCGAUGUCCUGUACAGCAAGGCAGCCAAUAUGCCCGAUUCUGAGCUGUUUGAGUUGAUCUCGGAGAAUCGAUCCAUGUCUCGGAAGCUGGAGGAUUACGGACAGCAAAAAUCCACUUCCAUCAGCACAGCCAAGCGCCUGGCUGAAUUUCUUGGGGACCAGAUGGUGAAGGACGCCGGCCUGAGCUGCCGGUUUAUCAUCUCCAAGAAACCAGAAGGCUCCCCAGUGACAGAGAGAGCCAUCCCGCUCGCCAUUUUCCAGGCCGAGCUCUCGGUGCGCAAGCAUUACCUCCGGAAGUGGCUCAAAAGCCCCUCGAUGCAGGAUUUUGAUAUCCGAACG